AGUUUGUUGGUGCAGGCAGAGUGAGUGGCAGUGGAUUGGAUGUGCUCUGUGUUCUGCCUCGGACUGUCAGGGAGCGUGAAAUAUUUUUAUUUAAAGCUUUUCCUAUUUACGUCUUGGUUAUUCGUUAAUAUAGUUGUUUGUUGAUGUGCUGCCUUGCCCCCGAGUGAGCUGUUAACUGAAGCCGGCGCCUGAAGAGAUGGAGAGCGGGGAGGAGCCGGAGCCGGAGCCGGAGCAGGAGCAGGAGCAGGCCAAACCCCAACCCCGACCCCACACCCAGUCCCUCAACCUGACCGAGUUUUCCGAUGAGAUUCUGUUGACCAUCCUGAGGUUUGUACCCAGCUGCGACCUCCUGCUCAAUGUCCGGAAAGUGAAUAGAAAGUUGGCGGCUCUGUGUAUGGACAAGAGCCUGGUCAGCUCUGUCACUCUGCACAAGGAGUACCAGGAGAGUGACGCAACAGUGACGUCUCUGCUGAAAGAAAUAGCUAGUGACAUUCAACAACUGAAGCUUAGUGGCUGCUAUUGGUUGUCUGGCUCAACUAUUGAUCAGGUGGUAAAAUGUAAAAACAUCCUGAAGCUUGACCUGACAGGAUGCCGCAUGACAUCACUGCGUCUGUCCAGAAUGCUGUCUGUACUCUGUAACCUGCGGUCCCUUGCUUUAGAUGUCAGCCAAGGAUUUGAUGUGGGCCAACUGAGCAGUGAGUGUAAGGCAACGCUUGGCAAAGUAACUGAACUGAAGCAGACUUUAUUCACCCCUUCUUAUGGUGUUGUUCCGUGCUGUACAAAUCUGGAGCGGCUAUUGCUUUAUUUUGAAAUCCCAGAUCGGACUCGUGAAGGAGAGAUGCUCUCAGGCCAACUGAUGGUUGGACAAAGCAACAUCCCCCACUAUCAAAAUCUGAAGGUAUUCUAUGCAAGGCUGUCACCUGGCUACGUCAACCAGGAAGUUGGGAGGUUUUACCUGUCAGUUCUGAGCAUUCGGACUCCCGAGAACUUGCGUGCCUUUAUCCUGUCUGUCCCUGGAGUUUUUGUUGACACUGGAUGCUCCACACGAAACUUUCUAGAUUGCAUGACCAAAAACUUUAGCUUGGAGGCACUGCAGCUCCCUCGAUCCUGGUUGAAUGGAUCCUCACUUCUACAUUCCUCACUUUUGCACACGAUUACAUUGAGCAACCCUGUCUAUUUGAACUUCAGCCACUGCAUACUGUCUGGCUGUCAGCUGAGCCACCAAAUCAUUAAUGGAGGCAGAAACGUCCAGUCACUAGUUAGCUUGAACCUCAGCGGCUGUGUCCAUUGCCUGCUAUCAGACUGCUCUGUCUUUCGCAAGGCUAAAGAUGACAUUGAUUUCGAUGUGGUGGAAGCACUGGUAAACUGUUGCACUAACCUGAGGCACCUGAAUCUGUCUGCAGCUCACCACCACAGCCCUGAGGGCACUGGAAGGCACUUGUGCUUGCUUCUGGCAAGACUGAAGCAGUUGCGUUCGUUAUCGCUCCCAGUGUGUUGUGUAGUGCAAAGUGCCAAAAACACUGACAAACUGCCUAACCAUGCAGUGCCAGCUUUGCAGGCGCAGUCUGUGCGCCGGGGUCUGGGAAAGAAGGUUCGAAUUGGAGUUUCGACCUAUCCAAGGAAUAUUCAGGAGCAGCUGUCGUUGAAUUUGCCUGCAACCGUGUUUGGGACUCUACUGGAGAAUAUUCCCUUUUUGGAAGAGCUGGAGUUGAUUGGGUCCAGUUUCUCCUCGAACGUGCCUCGAAAUGAGCCUGCCAUCAGGAACAUGCAGCCACCCUGUGACCGAGCACAGCGGAUCCGAGACGAAGAGCUGGCACUUAUUGGACAUUUGCAGCGCCUGCGCAGUCUGACCUUGGCCCAACUUCCUGGCAUUCUCACAGGGUCAGGGCUGAUUGGCAUUGGACUGAAGUGUCAGCAGCUUCAGACAUUAUCCCUGGCAAACCUUGGGCUGCUGGGUAAGGUGGCUUACAUGCCAGCCUUGUGUGAAAUGCUGAAACACUGCAAACAGUUGAAGGACUUGAGACUAGAACAGCCGUACUUGUCAGCAAGUGCACAGUUCUUUCAAGCACUGGGGCACUGCUCAUCACUGGAGCGAUUCUGCAUAGUUUCUAGGCAUGGAACCUUCCAGCAUGAUGCAGUGAUAUCGUUCAUGACAAAGUGCCCAAAUGUCAUCAUGUGUCACAUGUUUACAGGAGAGACUCUGGUGGCCUGCAAGAAUCUUCAGCAAGCGCUGAUCACAGGUUUCCAGACUGACCGCCCUGCACUCAAUGUGGCCAUAUUCCCACUUCUUCACGAAGGACUUGCUGACGUCAUCCGAGAUGUUCCAAUGAUGCACUUGGAUGAAAUAACUCUGUUUAAAAGUCGUGUUGCAGAAGACCCUCUGCAUCUCUGGUGGUGAUAUUCCGACCCAGAAGAAAAAGAAAGUUAAUAGUGUGGUGAUCUCUAUGUGUGACUAUUUCCUUCAAGUUCCCCUGCUUGUCAAUGACAUUGUUGUUUAAAAUAAAACAGACUCGUUUAGUAUCUUGUGGAAACCAGAAAAAAGGUUGAAGCUUGCAAAUUACAGAAGUUUUUUUUGCUGCCUUGAUUUGUAGGUAAACACCAUUGAAUCUGGGUCAUCACCAGUUGUGGUGGAUUUUAUGUGUGGCAAGUUUUAUGUUGUGCCUGCUGUAGUCUUUACAAUAACUGGAAAUAACAUGAGAAGCAAAGGACAAGUAACAACUUAUCAACUCAUCCCACUAAUAUCGUAAUUUACUGCAAUAGCAUUCAUUGUGUUUCAAGCAUUACUAACGUUUGCCUCUACUUGCUGCUAACUUUCCUUUUCGUGAGAUUAAAUUCCCUGAUUUGACUUUUCUUUCUUCACUUUUAUAAAACUUUGCGUGUAACCAGGUUUAGAUUAGCUUUCUUUUUCCUUGUUACCCUGUUGCCAAAUUAAUUGCUGCUUUUCUAGACCAUUCUUGAUCAUCAGUAACUUUCCUUGAGUUCUUUCACAUUACAGUUGGAAUCAGUCUCUGGACUCUCUUUGGUGUUUGUAUAUGUUCUUCGUGAUGUAGUGACCUGCAUUAAAUAUAUUUCUUCAAGUGUAAGCUAACCAAUGUGCUGUGUAUUUGUGUAAUCGUUUGCUCUUAUUCUUGAUCUUUUGGCUAAGUAUUUCACCAGUCUUUUUACCUUCUCAUUAAGUUACUUUGUGCUAUACUGCCACUAUCCCCAAUUUUGUUUUUUGAUCUCUGAUUUCUAAUUCAUUGUGUAUGUAUGCAUAUGACUAAACAUAGAAUUUACAGUACAGCAACAGGCGUUUGGCCCAGCUACAAUGUGCCAUAAUUUAUGCUCAGUAUGAGAUGCCUUCUCCCACCUUGAUUUAUCUAAUCCUAAGAGCAUUGUCUUCAAUUCUUUAGUACAUAAAUGGACAAUCUAACUGUUACAUAAAUGCAGCUGUGACUAUUAUCUAACCUCCCUCCUUGUAUAUGUACAAUCCUAAUAUCUACAUUAAACACAUUUACCGUUUGAAUAACCAGAGAUCAAGAGGUAAUUUUAAAUCUGUUGUAACAUUUUACACUUGGUCAAUAUUGCUGAUUGACAUUUCUUGGCCACUAUCAAUCCUAUCAUGUGGAAGCACGUAUCAUAUGCAUUCCCUCUUUGUAUUUCUGCCCCAAGCAUCCAGCCAGAGCUGGAAUUCUGCCUUUACUCAGAUAAAGUGAGAUUGUGUAUCACUAUCUUCUCAAUUUGAGCAGAACAGAAGUGCAACACACAGACAAAUGAUAAAUUGCUUUCAUGACUCCUGUGGUGACUGAAUUUGAAGACCCAUUAUCAUUCAACUUGUUCUCAGGCUCCAUCUCUUCUCCAAACACUGUCUGCUGCUCUCAUCUGGGACCUUGCAUGUGCUGCUGCACUUGGCUUCCUUUCCACACAUUUGGAAUAAGUUGGAUAUGGGAUCCCAAAUCUGGCUCUAGUACCCUAUUGGAUUCUUUUGAAUAACAAUACCUUCCAAGAUUCAAAGUAGAAAAUGAUUUUGAACUAGGAAUUUUGAACUGUUGCAGUACUGCUAAGUUCCUGUUGGUAGCACUGCUGAGCUAUCAAAGAUCUGUUUGUGGCAGCACCACCUUGAUUGCAAGUGUAGCGAUUGCGAAACAUUUGUUCUAUUUCAUGAAUUAAAACUAUCACUUUUAUGAUGUAUUGAAUAAAAUAUUUUACAACCAGGAUCCUCACUUGGGUAAUGACAAGUCUGUGUCAGUGCUAGCACUUCAAGUGAUUUGCUCUGAUCAAAAGUCUGCCCUUAUCGUCCUUAUGUUCCUAUGCCUCAAUCUUGAUGGAUUGGUAAUCAAAUUUUGGUGAUGUGUCAAACCACGAUGGAGCUGCCUUGCUGCUGCAGCUUUCUCCCUUGUAGCUGAUGAGAUGUUGAAGACUGUUAGACCAUGUUUUCUCUGGCAUCUCCCACUGCCCUUGUUGCCUUGUGCAACUCUGCUGAGGAAUAAAGAACUCCCAAUGGGAUCUCUGGGACUUCACAGUGCAAAAGCUUUUCCACCACAUCAAGGUGGCAGUCUACAGAGAAGGUACAUUGUGAGGUAUGCUCAAUAAAUAAAGUCAUGUUCAGGGUUCUAAGAGGGAAUAUUAGCCAAAUCCUGUAAUGACAGAGGGAUUAGAUCUAGAAGCAGUCUUUAGUCAAAAUUCUGUACAAGUGAUGCAUGCUUGUGAUUUGUUGGACACUUGUAUUCAGUUGGCCAUACCUUUGGGGAGCAGCGUCUGUGACGGAAUUUCCCUCUUCAGAAUCUCUCUUAUCCCAAAUGGGGAGAGGUUAGAAGAGCUGCCUAAAAAUAAGCUGUCCCACUUUCUCAUCCCUCCCUGUUUACAGUCUGCAAGGUCACCAUUCUUUGAGGUCAAAGAAAGAAAACAUCAGACCUUGCAGCUUGAAAAGCUGGAACACUCAAGAAUAAUUACAAGAAAGAAGGAUUAUAUUCAUAUCCUGUGAUUAUCAAGACUCCAAAUUGGCAUCAUCGCCAUUAGUGCAUUUUGCCUUCCUGGAGGAGGCCUGGUUGAAGUGGCAAGCAGAGUGACCUUCUGUUGGAAAGGAAAGACAGUUAGUGACCUCUUAUUCACAGAAUUAGUUUUGCCAUUGGGAUUUAAUCUCGGAUGCACUGCCAGAAUUCCCCAGUUGUAUAAAGGAAGAACUCAAGACACUUCACUGUCAGAACCUGUAUACCACUGUACUUACGUCCCAACCCUUAACUCUGAUGAAGAUUUUAAAGGAAAUUUCUACCUUUAUCUUGAUGAAGUCCUUAUCGCCAUCCCAAAAGAAGAAAAGGGCCAUUCUAUGGGGGGCCUUUAAUGCCUGGACUAACAAUGUGGAUCAGAUGUAACUGUGAUCUCUCUAUCACUACUACACAGUUCUUGUGUGCUACAAAGGUAUUGUCAAUAAUCUCUGAUAACUUGAACUGUUAGCAUUUUAGUUUGUACCUUUGCACCAUUUAAACACAUAAGGUUAAUACCCCACUUGGAUAGGAGGUUAUCUGUCAGGCCUAGCCUCGAGUCUCAAAAGAUUUGGCCAGGGAGAAGAAGCUGUACUUAGAACCUUUUAAUAAUGAUGGGACCUUGUUUAAAUUGACACUAAGUCACAUCCAAUGUAAUGGUUUUAGAACAUUCCAUACUGAUGUCUUAUAGGAUAUGGUAGAAUGGUACUUUAUACAACAGGCCUAGAAGGACACAGCUUGAGAGUUUAAAUCCGAUCAUGGUCACCUGUAAAAUUGAAUUUAGUAAACAUGGUAAUUUAUAGCCUUCAGGGUUUAUGGUAAAAUCACAAUCUUGGUCUUCCAGCUCAGCACAGCCUGACCAUCAGCUUCUGCGUAAAGUAGCCCAUUAAGUCAAUGAGUUUUCAUUAGAUAAAACUUUAACUCUGUUUUCCCCUCCUAUCACUCCAAUCUGCGGAGUGUUUUCAAACAUUUUCUAUUUUUGCCUUGCUAGUGUUGCCCACGUUAUAAGAACAACAAAGAAUAUGCUGAUGGAUCUGAUUUCUUACUUUUAAACAAUGAAACCACAUGAGGCUGUAAUCCACUGGAACCAACCCAGACCUCAAUAAACUAUUAACUAUAUGAGCCAGUAUUCACAUGUGACCUCCCCAGUUCCAUUCUGGACUUAGUGGAAUCGGGUUGAACUGCACAAUCAACUUUAAGUGCCUUAAUCCUGGCUAAGACCAUCUGCAAUUACGCCUCCUAAACCAAUUGAAGCUGCGUCAGUUCUAGUGAUCACCUUCAAAAGUGAAAGCCAAGACUAAGUAUCUAUUAAGUUCCCACUUGCCCUGAUUGAUCUCUGUGUGGUAUUUAAUGGUACUCCGACUACGAGCACAAAUGGGGAAACAAAACUAUUAUUGCUGUAUGUACCAUUUUAUUUCAGUGCCGCAGUUAUUCUAGUCUCACAGCAUAACUCAAUGUACCUUAACCCUGUUGAAAAUAAACGAUAAUAGUUUUUGGCAAUGUAGAUUUGCUGAAUCAAGUAAAAUGCAAUGCUCUAUUGAUCACUCUCAGCAGAGAUUCCAUGUGGAGGUUAGUAGCUUAGUUAAAUCCUCUUCGACCGUGCUAGACUGUUGUUCCUAAUUUGGUUACUAUAAUUGGAAAUCUAGUUUGAAGCCUCUGUUUUAGUAAGUGCAAUUCCAGAUGGCCAUCUUUAACUGUUUACCUAUGGAUGAUCUAUUGCAGCAUCAAAACUCUAAACGUGUUUCAGCUGGGUUAGAUUAACUGUUUGUGCAUUAAUACCAUACAUGAACAAGCCUGAGUGCAUCUCUUGCCAUACUUACAGUUUGCCUUGUUUUGGCAGGCUUGAAAGCCAUUACUCUUUGUUUUUCUUCUAAAGAAAUCUUAACCCAAGUUAUAGAGUGAAGCUACUUGAGAAUGUACAGUACCAGAAAAAGACAGUUUGGUCCAUCUGACAGGCCCCACUGUUAGAAUAAAGACUCCAUGAUUCAGUACACAUUACCCUCAUUUCAGUUUCUCACCCAACCCCCAUUAAAAUUGCUGAUGCUGUCAGCCUCUGCUACUUCUCUAGACACUUCAAACAUUCACCACCACCUCCCUCUGCUGAACUGCAUUUCAUGUCCUCCACAGUGCUGUUCCCAGGGCCGUGGUAAGGAGUUUCUUAGGGUUCAACUUAAGAUGUCAAAUGCUUCAAUAAAAUCCUUCUCAGACUUCCCUAAUGUUUAUAACUGAGCUUCUCCAGUCCCUCCUUUUACCUCAGAUGUUUUAUUUCUCUAUUAUUUGGUGUGAAAAUCAUGAUGGCUUUUAAUAAAGCAUGGAGAAGCUGUUUCCAUUGCCACCAGUGUCAAUAAUAGGAGGCAUGGAUUUAAGCUGCUUGGCACAAGGAGCAGAGUGUGAUGAGGAAAGUUUUUUUUACCAGUGGACUGUCAUCAGUUAGAAUUCACUGCCCGAAAGGGAAGUGCAAGCAGAAUCAAUAGUGACCUUUAAAGAGAAUUGAAUAAAUACUUGAAAUGCCAAAAAAACAAGGCUAUAGGAAAAAUUGGAAGAAAUGGGGUCAAUUAGAAACCCCUUAUAAGGUGGUAGGAUAGAUGUGCUUCCUUCCAUGUUGCAUAAAUGUAUGAUUUUACUUUGACUUUAUGAUUCACAUUUUCCAACACUGAGUCCUUCCUUGUACAACAACCAGAACACCACAUGCAAUUCUGGGUGGGGCGAACUGCCCUGAAUCACAUCCUAUGCUUGCUUGAUUCAUUUCAUAACACUCAAGUAUCCUAUUUCCUUCAUCCAUUGCUGCUGGAUGUCUUUUUAAGGAUCUAUCCGCCGUCAUCCUCUUGAUCAUUAUCAUAUACGGUGUUAUAGAAUUAGAAGAUGUAGGGUGGAAUUUGGAGUAGUAAAUGUUUGUUUGGAGCACUAACAUCAGCAUAGGCCUUGCUGGGGCUAAAUAACCUUGCUCUGUGCUUGAAGAUGUUAUGUAAUCUUUACCUCCCCACCAAUACCUCAAAACCUCUCAUUAUCCCUUAUCUUAAUUCCUGUCUCAAUCCUUAGAGAUUUUAUUUCCUGCAGUUUAACAUUAUUUACAAUAAAUGCACCUGACUGUCCUGACCUCAGCUGUGAAGCCUUGUACAUCAGUUUCUA